AUGGACGAGCCCGAGUACAAAAACGGCACAAGCAGCCCAAAGCCAAAGCGAACGUCCAGCGGCCAGAUGAAGCGCGUAUCGCGGGCAUGCUACAACUGCCGCCGCCGCAAGUCGAAGUGCGACCUGGAUAGCAACGGCCGGCCGGGACAGCCGCCCUGCAAACGGUGCCACAAUGAGAACCUCAAGUGCGAGCUGGGGACGUCGAACCGCGGCGGGAAGAGGAUCAGGAAUACCAUCAAGGCCUCAGGGGGCGCAUUGGGAGCCUCGACUGCGGUGCCGCCGCGGCCACGGCCGCCAGAGGCGUCCAUCAGCCCGCAGAGCAUAGAGACCUACAGCCACAACAGCUACAUCAGUCCCUACAAUGAGCAUGACCGCUACGGCCCGUCAGAAGAGCACCGGGACACCUCGAUAGACGACGACGACGGGGAGGACUCGACGAGCGAGAGCGCAAUCGGGUCUGGCACGCUGCCGAAUCCGUCUGAUGCCUGGCAGCGGCUCACCAACGUGGCUAAACGGAGCACUGAUGCUCCCCGGCCAGCGGGCGGCAGCGGCGGACAGGCAAAUGCCGACGGAGACGACGCAAAAAGGGGGAUACUGACCUACCGUCUGGUCGAGAACGGGUCACUGAGCCAGGAGCUGGUCAUGAAGCUUGUCACCCGCUAUGCAGAGAACUUCCACUGCUAUCUUCCCCUGGUGCCGCGCAAGUACUUCAAGCCGGACAACCUGGACCAGUUCACGGAGGAGAAGCACCUGCUCACCGCAGUGCUUACUGUGGCCUCCAAGGACCUCGUCCAAAUGCCCCAUAUCCACGAGGUCUGCUCAAAGUACAUGCUCGAGCUGAUAACGGGCAUAGCUGCCGGUAAUGACUGCGACGUCGAGGCCGUCGAGGCCCUCCUAAUACUGGCAGAGUGGGAGCCGCAGGGCCUCCGCGCGUCCAUCGCUCCCGUUGGGCGUGGAGAGGAGGAUCGUGCGGCCUGGAUGCAUGUCGGCAUCGCCCUGAGGUCGGGCUACUUCCUGGGCCUAGAUAAGACCUCCUUUCGCAACAACGAUGCCACGGGAGACCCCGAAUCUGACAACCGCAGACGGCUGGUCUGGGCGAGCUGCUAUGUAUCUGACAGGCAAAUAUCGGUGCGUGUCGGGCGGGCGUUCUGGUCUCGAGGGCCCGGGCCUAUGACAGGUCUGGUCAGCCAUGAUUUCCCGUCCCUGCAGCCUCAAUCAAAAGACGACGAGGACUAUUCAAAGAUAUUCCAAGCCAUCCUUGAUCUCACACAGCUAUACGGCAAUGUCCACGAUGUCUUGUAUUCGGGCAUGCGGACAAGCAUCAAUAUGAUGCUCAUGGGAGACUACGUGAAGUACAUUGACGAUUUCCGAGUUGCUAUAUCAAGAUGGUACCGUCUAUGGGGGAAAUUGCCAUGCGCCUCGCACCUCAAUGUGAUGCUUCAGAUGUCCUACCAAUAUCUGAAGUUGUACGUCAACGCUUUUGCCUUCCAAGCCGCCAUAUCCCAGGCACUACAUCAGGCACUGCAGCGGCCAAAGGGCGAGGACACUCUCAGCCAACGUGACCGUUUACGGGCUGCAUUCAGCAACGUUGCGUCCAUGCAAGAUUCCCGGUUUAUCUAUGAAUCCGUGGAUGCAGCCAGGUCAUAUCUAACUAUAUUAAACAAUUACAUCGACCCAGAGACACAUCUACAUUUCAUGCCCCUGAGAUUCAUUCUGUUCGGCAUCUACGCUUCCGUCUUUUUGUACAAGGCACGCUCAUUUGGUGUUCUCAAUGAGGCGGACGAGUUAAAGAUCACGAAAAUGAUAGACGACACGAUAGAUACGCUACGCAAAGCCAGCGCCAAUAAAGACGACGUUGGCUACCGCUAUUCCCAUCUCCUGGAGCUGCUCUGGAAGCCAAAGAAACCGCGCUCCAACUCUUCCGUUCCUGCGACCACUAAUGGCGUCAGCAACAACAACAACAACAACAACAACAACAACAACAACAACAGCAACAGCAACAGCAACAGUAAUGAUAAUAAUAAUAACAGCGAUACCAUCUUCGUCAACGCCGACAACAUCAACAAUGGCAACAAUGAUAUCAGCAUGAAUGGCGUGCACGUAUCCCAACCAUCUAACGCCAUGCAUCAUGAAGGCCCGGUGGCCUGUCUCCUGGGGCCGAACAAUACGUUCAAUCCAGCGAACGACUUUUCCUGGCUCGAUCUGGAAGCUGUUAACGAUUUUGUAUCGGGCGAAAUGCAGUCAUCUAAUAACCUACUAGGGCUAGCCCCAUUUCAUCACCUAAGCUUGUGGCUUCAAGAUGAGAGUAAUGAUCAUGCAUUUCAGGCUUGGACACUCGGUGGUGCAGAGAUGAGUGAUUCGCUUCUUUUCUAG